ACAACUUUUAAAACAAUGGGAUCGAUACGUAUAAAACAACGUCAGUUGUUACAUUUUGAGCGCGCUCUAACCAUGAGAACUUCGAAACAACACAGACCUCACUGCAACUACUUGAUCUCCUUAUUACUCAACCACUACAAUCACCGAGUGAUCCAACAAAUCCACGCCCAAACACUCACUUCAAAAUCACACUCACACAAACUCAUCAACACUCUUCUCCGCCACUACGCGCUCAGCGACUCUCCGCAACUGGCUCUCUCAUUCUUCAAACACCUCAGGAGUCGAGAAAAUCCCUUCUCUUUCGACAGCUUCGCGCUCUCUUUUAUCGUGAAAUCCACGGCGAAUUUGAAGGAUUGGACAAGUGGGUCGGAGCUGCAUUGUGUGAUUACGAAGUGUGGGUUCGGGGUUCAUGUUUAUGUGCAGACUGCGUUGAUGAAUAUGUACGGGGAGUGUGGGUGGUUGGGUGAUGCGCGGAAGGUGUUUGAUGAAAUGCCGCUGAGGAAUAGUGUGAGUUGGAAUGUUUUGAUUACUGGGUUUGCGAAGUGGGGUGGUGUGGAUAAGGCUAGGGAAGUGUUUGAGUUGAUGCCGGGGAAGAAUGUGGUUUCUUGGACUUGUGUGAUUGAUGGGUAUACUCGGGUGAACCGGGCUAGGGAGGCGUUGGGUAUGUUUAGGAGGAUGGUGGAUGAGGGUGUUAGGACGAGUGAGUUGACAAUGCUGGCAGUUUUUCCUUCUGUUUGGAGUGUACGGUGGCUUGAACUUUGUCGGUGUGUUCAUGGUUAUGUAGAGAAAAGUGGGUUUUGUGUGGGUGAUAUUAGGGUUUCUAAUUCGCUUAUUGAUGUUUAUGCAAAAUGUGGUAGUGUGGAGGGUGCUUUUAGAGUUUUUGAGUGUAUUUCUGAGGAAAGGAAGAAUGUGGUUUCUUGGACGUCGAUUAUAGCUUGUUGUGCAGCGUAUGGGAUGGUGAAAGAAGCUGUUGAGAACUUUAAAAAAAUGCAGAGCAUGGGUUUUGAGCCUAAUCGAGUAACAUUCUUGUGUAUAAUUAAUGCUUGUAGUCAUGGAGGUUUAGUUGAUGAAGGGCUGCAUUUCUUUAAAAAGAUGGUAUAUGAAUGUGGCAUAGUGCCGGAUGUGAAGCAUUAUGGGUGUCUUGUUGACAUGCUAGGAAGAGCAGGGAGGCUUGACGAAGCAGAGAAGAUGGCUAAUGAUAUUCCAACUAAAAUGGUCACUGUUGUUAUUUGGAGAACUCUGCUUGGUGCUUGUAGCUUUUAUGGUGAUGCUCAUAUGGGAGAGAGAGUUACGAGAAAGAUUAUGGAGAUGGAGAGGGGGUAUGCUGGUGACUACGUGCUUUUGUCAAACAUAUUUGUUGAUGUUGGUAGGUAUACAGAUUCAGAGAGAGUGAGGGGAGUAAUGGAAAAGAGUAAUGCUUUAAAAGCUCCUGGAAUGAGCUUGGCUUGACAAGAGGACACUGUAGUUCUAUCAAAGCCCUUUAAGAUAAUGACUCAUACUCAUGCUUGAAUGCUAGUAAGGAUGGCAGUUAAUCGAUGGCAAAAGGGCACUCUUCGAGUGGAGGUGUAAUGGACGGUUCUUCACCUGCGCCUUCAUCAGUUCACACUUAUUAAAAGCAAUGCGAUUAUAGGUUGUAAUCUUCUAUGAGGAAGCGUUGGCUGCAUUAAAAGUUGCACCUCUUAGCCAGCAUUUUGAAAAAGCUUGGCAUUCACAUGUCCAGUUAAAGGAAGCUUUGUUUUAUGCUGAGGCUUGCUAUAGGUAUGGUUUGGAGCUUCAUGAGAAAGAAGAGAUCGGUGAGGAAAUUUCCCGGUUGAAGAGUGGGAUCAAUGAUUUGUCUGAGGCAAGAAAAUCAUCUCCAAAGGGGGCUGCUCAGCAGCUAAUAGAUGCAUAUACUAUUUUAGAAGGCAAUCUGAAUCGCAAUCUUGAAAGGGCUGUGAAGGAGAAUGACAGAGUCUACCUUAUGAGGGUUCCACCAGCUAGUUCUUUACAAUUACUUCCUGCAUUUCAAAUGGUCAAGUCUAUGCCAAUGACUGAGGUGUUUGAUGCAAGCAAGGAAAAGAUGUUUGCUAGUCUUGUUCCUGACAGCAGUGCGAAAGCUCUUUCCAGGUACACGGAAAUGGUUGAUGAUGUCAUCCGAACACAAGCUUAAAUUCUACAGCAGGGCAGUGUGCUUACUCGUGUUAGACUUAAGGAAAUGGACUUACCUGAGUCGAUUUUGGCAUUAGAAGGGCAUUCUGCUCUGCCAACUGCUCUUAAAGAAGAUGUGGAUGCAGUGGAAAUUUGCGGUGGCCCUGCUGGUUUAGAAGCUGAGCUCCAGCAGCUUAGAGAUCUGAGAGGGGUAAACCAAGAAUUGCUAGUUCAAACAGAGGAGCUUUUGCAAAAAGAAGCAACAGAAGAUGCACAAUUUAGAAGCCAAUUUGGUACUCGAUGGACCAGACCCCAAUCAAGCACAUUAACAAAAAUUUGCAGGAUAGGUUGAACAGGUUUGCAGCAAAUUUAAAGCAAGCUGCAGAGAGCGAUACCUGGAACAUUCAUCUCUCAUGUCAAUACUUGAUCGACAUCCAAUAGUUACCGUCCUUCCAACAAUAGGGAGGCCAAUCAUGUCUUUAAGACGCCAAGGAAGAUGCAAUAUUGGGGGCUUUGAACAAAGCUUGGUAAUUUAAUGUUUAUAGUAUGAAUGUAUUGUUGCUUUAAAAUACUUAAAAUAAUUAAACUCUUCAUCUCAGCCACACUAGAGAGUAGAAUUUCAUCUUGUCGGAGUAAUAAAUUAGUUUGUUGAAAAGGAAA